CUGAUGUCAUCAUCGCUAAAUCUUGGAUAUAUUGUAUAAUUUUGUAUUUAGUUACCUAGUAAUACAAGAUUUGUUAACAUUGUUAAUCUUACGGAAAAGCGGUUUUUAUUUUCAGCUAUAUAAAUAACAAUAAAAUAUUUAGAACUGUCCAUAGUUAAAAAAAGUAGAUGGUUCGAGGACAUUUCGACAGGACCAUGUAUUCACUGAUCUGUUCAGAGCAGUAGAUUUGAUGAACAGUAAUAACUGUGGACAGUACCAUGUCAGGUGUAGAGCAAAGUAUAGUGAACUCAAUGCAACAAUUAUCUGUGCAACCUAGUGUCAGUGGUCCAACAGAAAAACCCACUCAAGUAGUAACUCCAGCAGUUAAACCAUCAACAACAGUAAAGAGUACCCCUGUGAAGGUCAAUACUGUGUCCCCUGCUAUUGCUACUAUAGAUCGCUUGUUAAGCCUUGGUGCAAAUAUUCCUCCACCACCUCCAGUAAUCACACGACCUUCUGACAUGGACCCUCAUACAGUUGAACAAUUACGAGCAGUGAAAGAAUUAUUAACAGCCCAAGAAGAAGAAGCUCAAAAUUUAAGAGAUCUGAACCGAGAGUUAAAAGAUCGUUUAGAAGAAUGUGAGACAAAAAUUAAAAAGCUUUCCGAUCAAAAUGAAGAAUAUGCAGAGAAAGAAAAGGCUCUUUCACAGCGUGUUGCUGAAAAGGUGAGAAAUAAUAAACAAAUGAGUGUGGUCAUGGAAGAAUAUGAACGGACAAUUUCAUCUCUGAUUGGUGAACGAGAGACUGAAGCAAAGAGAUGGACAGAAGAGAGAGGAACCUUAAUAAGAGAUAGAGAUGAGGCUGCAGCUCACUUAGCUUCAAUGGAACAUGCUUUCAAUGAUGUUCAUACUAAAUAUGAGAGGUGCAAAGUUAUUAUACAAGGAUACAAAAGCAAUGAAGAAACUUUAAAGAGAACAGUGGAGGAAAAUAAUGAUGCAAUUCAAAAACUUGAAGCUCGAUACGAAACACUGAGACAGCAUGCCAUGCAACAGCUCAACAAAGCUAAUGCUGAACUUGAUUCAGUUAAAAAAGUUCAUCAAGCAGAGAUUCUCAAGUUGAAUGCGAUGCUGAAAAAGAGUGAAGUGCAUGCAUCUUCACUGCAAGAAUCAUUAGCACAGAAAAUAAAAGAUAACGAAGAACUCACAGCCAUUUGUGAUGAGCUGAUCAAUAAGGUUGGGUAGAAGCCCUAAAUUCUUUUCCUCACUCAUUAAAAUUAAAACAUAUAUCUGAAUAAAUACAAUUAUUCAGCAUUAUUUUAUCAAAACAUUUUGUGUUACACAAACUAAUUAUUUAUGAAAACUAAUGAGCAGUCAUGC